ACAGUUACUAGAAGACGUGUUGUCUUCCAAGCUUCUUCUAUUUAUACUCUGCCCUUUCCCCUCCAUUGCAUCUUCGAAAAAUCGUUCAAAUCUUUUAUAAACCUCUCAAAUUACAUCGCACUCCCAAUCUGUCAUUUUAAACUCUUCAGUGUAGAUUCAAAAAAUGGCGAUGAUUCCAAGCAUCUUCGGAGUUCGACGAAGCAACAUCUUCGAUCCAUUCUCUCUCGACAUCUGGGACCCCUUCAGCAGCGUUCUAGCCGAUGCCCCGACCUCCGCAGCACGAGAAACAUCUGCAAUUGCGAACACUCGUAUCGAUUGGAAGGAGACUCCAGAGGCUCACAUCUUCAAGGUCGAUCUUCCUGGGUUGAAGAAGGAAGAAGUGAAGGUGGAAGUUGAAGAAGGUACAGUUUUGCAGAUCAGCGGGGAGAGAAGCAGAGAGCAUGAGGAGAAGAACGAGAAAUGGCACCGCGUCGAGCGGAGCAGCGGCAAGUUCCUCCGCAGGUUCAGGCUGCCAGAGAAUGUGAAGACGGAUCAUGUGAAGGCUAAUAUGGAGGACGGUGUGCUGACUGUGAUGGUGCCUAAGGAAGAAGAGAAGAAGCCUGAGGUUAAGUCUAUUGAGAUAUCUGGUUGAACUGAAUUGCUUGCACUGUUAGUUUUGGAUUGUAGUGUUUUUAGUGUUUGGGUGUUUGAAUUAUGAUAAAUGAAUGUUUUGAGUGUUUGAUUGUAAUGGAGGAUAUGUUUUGCUAUGCAGUAUCCUCUAGAGGUACUCGUAGUGGCUGUUUGUGUAGUGUGUUUUAACUUGUGUAUAUGUUGUUGUCUGAAAUAAUAUUCUAGUAAUUUAAUAAUCUUGUUUUAAAUUUCAA